CAGCUCCGUAAUUUUGAUAACGGCGCCCGUCAGUUGGGCAGUUCGGCUGCACUGCUACUGGCUGCAUCCAGACUUCGUGAACGGCUCGUACGACUUUUGUUUAUCUUCCGCGACAACGCAGCCAAUCUAUUUCCUCGGAGGAUCGCACGCCAGUCGAAAGACAAGCUUGUGAAUCCAAAUAUCGUAGAUCGACGGGGCAAGGUUCACUCUGAAGCUCUCAAAUUUCAAGCGUUCAUAGCAGAGGAUGGGUUGGCGACUGAAGCUAUCCCCCAGGAAUUGGAAGGUUUUGCGCUCGAUCUCCGCAUGCUAUUGCAUAGUUUGAACGAUUUCCCUGAGUUCAGGGAUGAUGCGGUAAAUAGUUCGAUCCACGCCUUCGUAGCAGAACUCGAAUAUCGUGCUUCCUGUCUGACGGAGUAUAAAGGCCAUUUUCGGCUCGCUUCUGUACAACAAUACGUGCACGGACUUACAGUGGAAAUCGAAAGUCAUAUCGACGUUGUCGCAUCAAAUUUGGCAAUGUUCAUAGAUAUCGGUGUCCCAACUAUUCAGCUCUCACAACAGUAUGCAGCCUCUAAUCUUUCUAAUCUGGCAACAUUUGGUACGAUAUUUUCGGGUGUCACCGCGACACUUUUACAACUAUCAUAUGAUCACACCAAGGCUAAGCUGGCAAUAUGUGUAAAUGCGUUUUGGUUUUCGUCGCUAGUUUUCAGCGUUGCAGCAAUAGCGACCAGUCUACUUGGUUUGGCGUGGACGCAGGCCAUACACCGCUCGCCAAAUCACAGAGUGCCCUGGUGGGUAUUGACAUGGAUCAGGCGAUCACCUCUCGUGUUACUCGUCAACGCAGUCAUGUUCUUUUUCGUGGGACUCAUAUUGGUCACAUACACGAUAAGUAAUAAUAUGGUCACGCCCAUCCUGAUCACAAUAAUCGCGACCGUCACAUCCAUCGGACUGGCUUCCUCCUUGUGCUGGAUUGUGUCAGAACGAUUUGUAUCCAUACACCAUCAAGGUCAUAUAUGGUUAGAGGACCUCAUGUUGGAAACAAUCAGACAUAUCACUGCGCCCAUACGAACGAUCACCCACCGUCUUUACUCAAGUUUCCGUGGACUUCCUUUGUACGUUCGGCGACCCCCUCCUGCUGAAUCAUUUCAGAGAACGACAUAUGAUGAACAUGUCCAGAGCGCAGCCCUGACAUCAUGUGGCGUCUCUAUAGCAUCUCCCUCUACUCAGGAGGAUGUGGUAUCAAUUGUCUCGGAGGAAACAGCAGAUGACCAGGAUCAAGCUAGACGAACUCGUGCCCGAGAACGCUUCAAGAAGGCUGUUCGGACCGUUAUAUCGAUGCAAUCAUACCCAAGAACUCACGGCUCGCAGUCUCUCGAUUGGAUGAUGCAUCCAAGCCCUGAUUCUCGCACCCCUUCAUUAGGAGGGAAAGUAAUUCGACGUUAUGGUCUCUCUACUAUCUCUCAGAAGCUGCGGAAUCUGGAAUGCACAGAAGACAUCUCCCCUCAUCAAGCGCUCGUGAGAGAUUUGCAAUUCUCUCCGGAUGGAAAGUACCUCGCAACGGCAAGUUGGGAUAAAACAGCAUGUAUCUUCAAUGUCGCCGAACCAUCUGCUGAUCACCAUGUUCUCCACCAUGAGAGAGGCUUUACGGAGCAAAUACUCUGGUCCGCGUGUGGUACCCACGUGUUGACUAGGUCUCCCCGCGGCAUCAAAAUCUGGACGAAAGAUGGCGUUUGCUUGAAAACGAUCCGUCGGCCACAUAUCGUCCACUUCUUGCAAUGGGUGCCUCUUGGAGAUAUGUCCAUUCUGUCUGUUGAGGGGAACGAAAUUGCGAAACUAGUACCAUCCGAGAAGGUUCUCGAAACUUACAGCUUCGGGCGUGUUCAACUUCGACGAAUCGCUGUUACAUCGGACGGCCAUCGGAUAAUAGGCAUCGGUCCUAUAGGGGAAGCGCCUAACGGACUCCGUCCCAGUCGUCCUACGAGAGUGGAAAAGCGCAUUAUAGGCAAUCAAAUACCACUUUUUCGAGAUGUCAGUGACGUUAAAUUGUCAAGGAGCAACGCCCACGUCCUCUUUUCGUUCGGGGACCAGUCCCCUCCUCAACUCUGGAAGAUGGAUAUGGUCGGGGGCCGGGCUCGGGCAUCCCGUAAUUGUGCGAGACUCACAUUUCGUCAUGCAUUUUCGUCCCCAGUCUCCGUUGAAUAUGUUGGAUCAACGUUUGGCGGCAAGAAUGAUCAGUUUAUAGUCUGCGCCGGAAAAUCUGGAGAUAUCCUUAUUUGGGAUCGAGAUACUGCUAAUCUUCUUCAUCACAUCUACCCUAUGAACCCUGAUCAGGAUUUGACUUGUCUAUCAUGCAACAGCCUCGCAGGUGAUCCUUUCGCAUUUGCCGUAGGCGGGCACGAUGGCAGCAUUCGUGUUUGGUCAACA